CUGACACACUUUCAAAAUCUUAUAAAGCAUUCGCAAUCCUAGUUUAUUGAAACAGUACGUUGCACAAAAAUGUCUAAUUCGGUUCCACUGAUCGUUUUGUUGCUAUCGUUCCCGCUGAUCUACGCCAGGGAUGCCAAUUUCCUUCCUGGAGUUUUAGUUCGCUCUGUCGCCAGCGAUUACGUCCAACAGCCGUGCACCGCCAGUAAGCUGACCAGCUGUCAAUCGUGUGAUACCAUCUGGCUCUGUCUCGGUGGUUUGUUCAACCAAUUGAGUCUAUCGCGAAAGUGUCCCUCGGCGAAGCCGUACUGCAACCAGAAUGGAGACGAAAGUGCAACUUGUGGGACAAGUCCCGACGAGCAGUGUAGUGCGCUGGACGGUGGGAUCGCAUGCACGGGUGCCGGUUUCUUUCCGGAUCCGCAAUCGUGCGAGAACUAUUACUACUGUGAACGCGAGGGUGAUUCAGCUGAUCAGUACAAGUGCCCAGUAAGGUAUCGAUACAACAGUAAGAGAAAUAUGUGUCAGAGGAGUUUUUCGUCACGGUGCCAAACGGUGGAAUGUGAUCCAAAAAGCAAGAAAGUAUUUUCGCCCUAUUCACAAGAUAAUUCCUACUACGUGUAUUGCCAGUUCGAUUACAGUACAUCAGUACCAACUUUGAAAAAAAUGUACAUUUUGUCGUGUGGAAAAGGAUCGAUUUUCAACUAUCAGCAACAGGUGUGUGAGUUCCAAUGUAGAAGAGUAGGAUUGUUUGUGAACUCAGCAAAUCCCAGGCAGUAUUUCUCGUGUAGCCGAGUGGGUUUUCGAUGGGAGGCCAAGGUGCUUACUUGCAAGGAAGGAUAUUUAUUUGAUGAAUCUUUAAGACGUUGCAAUCGGGAUCCAAACGCAGUAACAACAACGAUUGCACCUACAACUACAACAAAGCUGACUACAACAACUCAACGUUCUACAACUACGACAGGAUCUUCGACAACUUCUAAAGCCACAACAACUUCUAAAGCGACGACAACUUCCAAAGCGACGACAACUUCCAAAGCGACGACAACUUCUAAAACGACGACAACUUCUAAAGCGACGACAACUUCUAAAACGACGACAACUUCUAAACCGACGACGACUCCAUCUACAACUUCCACCACUACAAGCACUACUUCUACAACAAUGAAAAGUUCAACUCCUGAGGAAACUACAACCGUGGAACCAAUUACAACUACUGAGGUGAUCACAACUUCUCCAUCAGCAACAGAAACUACUACUGAACAAGCAUCAACACCUGAAAUAAUUACAACUGAACUCUUCACAACAACUGAAGGUUUAUCAACUGAGACCUCUUCCAGUUCAGAGACAACUACGCUCGAAUCUUCUACUGCUCCAGAAGUCACAACUACUGAAAGUCAAAUGUCAAUGGAAACAACCAUUACUGACUUGACGACACCAGUUGAAAAAACUACAAUAUCAGAAGUCACUACAGUUGAACCAUCUUCAGAGCCUUCGACAGUUGAAUCCUCAACUGCUGUAAGCACAGUAGAACCCACAACAGGUCCCGAUUUCACUACUACUGAGUUUCAAACGACAACAGAAACAGCCACAGCUAAACCCACUGCUACUACAGAUUCAGCAACCACCGAGUUUUCAACUACUGUAGAUAGCAACACCAAUACUGUCACUCCAACGACAGAGAUUGCCAUAACGACGGAACCCAACACGGAAAGCCCAAUAACUACUACAGAGGUAAUAACCACUCCUCCUUCAACUGAAGAAUCUACUACAGCUGUCGAUGUCGCAACCACGACCACAGAAAGUAGCACUGAUGCUAUGACAAUAACGGAGAUCAUAUCAACCACAGAAAUCAAUACAGAGGCUUCACCAACAACCACUACGGAGAUAGCAACAACUUCGUCAUCAGGUGAAGAAACAACCACAACCGUGAUUGAUGAUAAAACCACCACAACGGAAUCUUCCUCAACAGAAACUAGUACAACAGGAAUCAGCACAACCGAAAUUGUCACAACGGAAAUAAAUACAGCGGAACCUGCCACAACAGAGACCAUAACAAUCAGUACUGAAACAACGGCCAUCAAUACAAUGGGGCCUGUCACGACUCAAAUUAGUACAAUUGGAACUGACGUGACGGAAAUUAGCACAAGGGAACCUUCCACAACAGAAAUCAGCACAAUCGGAACAGAUACAUCGGAAGCCAGUACAAUGGAACCUGCCACAACUCAAAUUAGUACUAUCGGAAGUGAAUCGACGGAAAUUAGCACAAUAGAACCUUCCACGACAGAAAGCAGCACAGUCGUAACUGAUACAACGGAAAUCAGUACAAUGGAACCUGCAACAACGCAAAUUAGUACAAUCGGAACUGAAUCGACGGACAUAAGCACAAUAGAGCCGACGACCGAGAUUAGUACAAUCGGUACUGACACAACGGAAAGUAGUACAAUGGAUCCCAGCACAACAGAAAGCACCACGUUUGAAACUGACACUACGGAAAGCACAACAGAUCCCAUUGCAUCGACUCAAACUGUUUUCCUCAGGGACAUAGAAAGUGAUAGUGAAUACUCUGCUCUAGCUUCGGACAAUGAUUCCUCGAAAUCACAAGGCAAUGCGACGGUUGCGAAUACUCUACAGCGAUCGGAUUGCAUAGAGUUCUUCUCGAAACUGUUUCGCAAAAAUAAUUUGUUGUAAGA